AUGAAUCGCUGCUUCACCCUUUGGAUUUCUUUGUAUGUGGGUAAGAAAAAUGUUUUGGAACAGAUCUUAUCCAGAAAGUUUUUCAUUUCCUCUGAUUUCCAGAUGGGUAGUCGAUGUAGUCAACCAAAUUAUGAAAGGAUAUUAAGGGCACUGCAAUCCUGAGCAAAGGAAUAUUGAACUGGUAGAAUAGAAAAAAAUGGCAGGGCUGGCUCGCCCAUGAGGCGAGGUGAGGCUGUCACCUCAAGAAGCAGAUCCGGACCAGAGGAAUGUGUCGAUCGCUGCUGCUGCUUCCUCUGCCACUGUGCCUGGGCCAAUGCGGCUGCCCCCCCCCCCCCCGCUGCUACGGUGCUCCUACCACUGUGCUUUCCCUGCCAUGCCUAUGGUGUGGUGGCAGUAACAAGGCAGAGAGGGUGUAGUGGCACAAGCAAAGGCACAUUUGUGGUAGGGUGGGUAUGGAUUGAGGGGGGCAGCAUUUAGCUUUAAGCAACUUUCUGUUCCAUCCUAUCUUUUGAUGGUGUUUUUGAAGAUAUAAUUUUUCUGCAUAUGAACCCCGAAAUCUGGCAUCUUCUCCAAACUUAGGCCAAAGUGCUGCAACCAUUUUGCAGCAUUUGACGGUGGAAACACCACAUUCUGCAGAGCCCCCCAAGCUGAGAAAUUUAUGCAUCAAACCGGGGUUCAUAGUUAACUCCCCCCCCCCCCAAAUCCAACAUUGCCCGAUUUACUCCAAACCUGCGCCAAAGUUUUACAAUUGCUUUGCUGUGUUUUGAAGCACAGACACCAUGUUUUCUGGUGCCCCCCCCCCCAGAGUAAUACUUCAAGCCAGGCUUUAGAUUGAAUCGGACACUGUUAUAUUUUAAAGUCCAUUCAAUAUCUGUCAAGGCCCAUACUCAGAGCAGCUUCACAACAUAAAAAUGCAGAAGGGAAAAUAUAUCUCUCACAGGUCAAUAUAUUUUCUUUUUUCUUUUAUUCAAUUUAUAGAAUGCAAUUGUGAAAAUACAGAGCAUUUCAAAAUGGUUCUAGUUCCAAAAUCUGACUGUUCCACUCUACUGCUUACCCCAAGGGUGGGGAACCAAUGGUCCUCCAGUUGUAGUUGGACUUUGAUUCCAGCCAUCAUGGCCUUUGGUCAAGAAUGAUGGUCAUUGUCAUCCAACAGCAAGGACCACAGGUUUUCCUAGUGGAAAAAAUUGAGCGACCUUGAAUGAGCAGGACAAAAUGGGACAUACACAACGUAAAUAUAUUUUCAGUUUUUCCCGUAAGGAGCAGUUAAGAAACAUUAUAACAUGAGAGGACUAAUAUAUAGCUGCAGCAGAGAAUGGAAGCUGAUUGACAUUUAGUAUGAGGCAAUUACCCAGUUACGUUUUUUACAUAUUGCCCCGUGUUUCCCCCCCAACAGAUUGUUUUACAGCAUUCAUUCAGAAAAAUACAGAAAAGAUAGCCACAGAGGGGACAAGCACAACAGUAACUUGCUUCUAUGAUAUGGAAUACAGAUUUGACAAUAAAUAUUGGUGCCGAGGAAGUUCCCGAACAUCUUGUGAUAUUUUAGGAGAAACAAAGAAGUUUGUAAAGUGGAACUAUAAAAGCAGAUUGACACUCCUUGAUAACAGGAAAGGCGUCUUUUGGGUGACAAUGCACCAACUGACAGAAGAUGAUUCAGGAACAUAUUGGUGUGGAAUUGAUAGGCCUUUUGCUGACAUAAUGACUUCAGUGAAACUGAAGGUAAAUAAAGGUAAGGUGUCAUAUGAGUCUCAUCACCACCUUUAUUGUUAUAAUGCAAAUAGAAAUAAAGUUCUUGUUGCCAGCUCUGAUGGAGUAAGUCAGCCUCGUAAAUACAGUAACUACACAAAAGUUACCAGGCUCAAUUUUUUUUUAUACUACCCUGUAUUUUCAUGCUGGCCAAAGAGGAAGGGAUGUCCUUUCCUCUGUGGUAAGCAUUAAAGCCUGGUUGUUGUUGUUUUAAAAAGGACUGCUACCAAGCAGACUGGUGGAGGAGGGACAAAAUGACAAAGUGAUCUGUCCCCUCUUUGCAAGUCUCCACCAUUUCUGUGCUUGGUUGUGGACAAAAAAACUUUUCUUCCUCUACAUUUGGAAUUGAAACCAAGAGGGCUGGCAGAAAAAGGACAGAACAAUGUAUCCUUCCACUGCUAACCCUUCUCCCUUGCCAGCAUAGAAUUCCAUGCGCUCAUCUGCAUAGAAUUUCUGGGCACUUAGGGCUACCAGGAGGGUUGUUAAAUACAAGGCUGGAUUACUCAGUAGGCACCAGUCAUGUUACAUUAGGAAGGCCAAGGAAAGUAUGCAUAGUUUCCUCCAAAAACUGACAUUCCAGUUACAUAUAUAACUGGAGCAAUUAAGGAUUGCAUAGACCUUCCCAGUAGUUUAUGCACUUACAGUUCAAUCUUAUAUAAGCAGUCUUCGUCUGUUCUCAUUCAUGCUGCUAAUAACAAAGUGUCACACACCUAACCUUAGAUCACAUGAGUAAGGUAUUUAGUUGCAAAUCUCCAUUUUACAGGUAGGUAGCUGUGUUGGUCUGCCAAGCUCAUACCAAUAACAAACUUAGUUGGUCUCUAAGGUGCUACUGGAAGGAUUUUUAAAUUUUGUUUCAAUCUCCAUUUUGUGGAAGUUGUCUUUUGUUCUCAAGCAACUGAAGACAAAGAUGUGUAAAUGUGUCUCUCCUGGAGAAAACAGCCUCAGGCUGGAAUACAAGCUAAUGGAAUCUGUGUGCAGAGAGAAAGGCAUUUGAUUUCAGAUCUGUUUAGACUAAUCUUAUAUUACUAAGAAGAUGUACUGUGCUUGGACGAGCACUUGAUUUUACGCCACUAUUUGGAUGUAACAUAACUUGCUUUUCAUGUCUCUCUGAAGAAAGUUACAGUAUGUUCGUAAAGCUUUGGAACCAUAUUUUGAUCUGGACAAUUCUUAUUCCAAGAGGACUCAGUUUUUAUUCAGCCUACUGCUUCAAGCUGUGCAAUAUUAAUAUCUGCAAUGUGCCCAGAUUCAAAAAAAUCCAAGUUGUUGUUUUUUUAAACUCAGUGGGAUGGCUGUCAUGCUGCUACUCUGGCCUAUAUUGAUUGCUCUAGCCAUUUCCUUCUCUAUGGCAUGUUAUCCUACUGGUUUUUUUAAAGCAGCAUGUUCUUUAUAAUUUUUCUUCCCUCCCACCCCCAUUGCAGUAUGGGGAGGAGCAAUCAUGACCACUGAGGGGGGAGGAAGUGUUUCAUUUCCCACAUGCCAUGGUCCUAAUAUAAACCACAGGUGAGGGUUUGGGGGGGUGAGGUGGGGCUGAUUGCAGUGUUUGGUAUUGUUUGGUUGCUGGCUGAGUAGCUAGGCCCUGGACUGUACCCACAUCCCAGCUUUUUUCAGGCCAUGAUGUGCAAUCCAAUGUCUUCCCCAGUCUAUUCUAAGGUUACCAGAUUUUUUUCAAUGAAUCCAGGGACACUUUUCAACUUCAAUGGAUUUUGUAUGGGGACUGAUUUGUAAAUCGAGGGAUUGUCCCCGGGAAACGGGGAUGUCUAGUAACCUAAGUCUACUCUGGCUUGUCCUCUUUUGUUGCUGAUGACAGACCACUGAUGGCAGAACAGCGAGGUAUCCGAGCUUCCAUGCCUGCAAUGGGGAGACUUGCCAGAACAAAAAUCCUCUUCUGCCUGCCUCUCCCUGACAGUUAGAAAGAUCCACUUUACCUUAUGGCCACUCUGAUGCCAGUUCCAGAGACUCUGGAUAUUUUUCAUUAUUCAUUGCUUGCACAGCUAAUAACCAUGAAUCAUUUCUAUAGUAUUUUUCAGUGUAAAGAGUGUACUACCUUUCUCAUAGCACAAGCAAUUUGCCCAGGAUUGUAAAUAUAACAAAUUAUAUUUCAUUGCUAUUAUUCAGCUCCUACAACAUGUCAACAUGUGCAAACCAGUCCUCCCUCCACUCCUUCAUCUACAGCUGAGGUUAUUACAGCUUUCCCAGAUAUUUCUGAUUUUAAUUUAAACGCAUCUCUGUCCUCCAAUGCCACUUGUCAUCAUAAAGUCACAGAAAGGUAAGUGCCAUCUAAUCACAAGAUUAUAUUUGAUGGCUAACUUUGCAUAAACAGAAUCCACAUUUUGUUUCUAAAUCAACCUUUUAUUUCUGCUCUGGUGUACAUACUAGAAACAAUGAGCCCCAGUUCAUUCUCUGCCACAUUCCCAAUGAAAAAAUGUUGUACUUGCCAGUUUGGGGGUGGGGAAUACUCUGAUUGGGUUUGAACACAAAAUUUGGUAAGUUCCCUUUUACUUAAUCAGCGAGGGUUAAAACUGCAUGAAUAACAUCUGACCAUAAUUAGCAUAACUAUUUAUGUGUCUUAAAUGCAUCACUUUUAUGUGACUUCAAAGCAUCACUUUCAAGGACUGGGAAGUUCAACCACCAACACUCACUUCCAAACCUUAUCUCCCCCACUCAUGCACCUGCUAUUUGCACUGAUAAAAUGAUUUGUGCAAGUUGUGCUUAGUAUUUCCCUGGGCCUAAGGCAGGCACCCUGUUAAGCAGUUGCUCCAUGUGUUUUAUGAUUGUUAUCUGCUUUCUUGGUGGAGGCAAAAACUAGCAUUUAACACCUUUUGUUCUGCAGCAAUCAGUUGUGGGGGUGAGGGGUCCACAGUUAAGGCAUACGGUAACUACAAUGCGGGUGGCGCUGUGGGUUAAACCACAGAGCCUAGGACUUGCCAAUCAGAAGGUUGGUGGUUCGAAUCCGUGAUGGGGUGAGCUCCCGUUGUUCGGUCCCUGCUCCUGCCAACCUAGCAGUUGGAAAGCACGUCAAAGUGCAAGUAGAUAAAUAGGGACCACUCCAGUGGGAAGGUAAACGGCGUUUCCGUGCACUGCUCUGGUUCACCAGAAGCAGCUUAGUCAUGCUGGCCACAUGACCCGGAAGCUGUACACCGGCUCCCUCAGCCAAUAAAGCAAAAUGAGCGCCGCAACCCCAGAUGUCAGGAUGGUAGUGUGUAUCAUCACCAGGAGAGUAAAAGCUUGUCUUUCCCCAUCACAACAUACAGUGCUCAUAAUGGUUAAAUUUCCUUUAGUUGAGAUACGACUCCAGUUUGUAAUUUACUUUCUUGUAAAAUCAGUAAGAGCAAUUAUUUAGGAUUUCCCCCUCUUUCCUCCUCUGUUUUAGAAACUGGAAUUAUAGCCCAUGGGGGAUUCUGCGUUGGGUGUUCAUGGUUCUUCUCGUGGCUUCUUUCAUUCUGAUUCAUUGA